GCCCGGCCUCACGUCGGGCCGUAAGAAGGCGGAGCGAGUUCGGUUGCACCAACACCGGUACAUAGAUGCGGACCGGCUUGUCCUUGGACUUAGAGAGCGGGACGACUGGUUUGCGAGCGUGAGUCUCAGUAUCGCGCGCGACGAAAGAGCGGUUUAAAAAUGGGUGAUGUUGAGAAGGGCAAGAAGAUUUUUGUUCAGAAGUGUGCCCAGUGCCAUACUGUGGAAAAAGGAGGCAAGCACAAGACUGGGCCAAAUCUCCAUGGUCUGUUUGGGCGAAAGACAGGUCAGGCCCCUGGAUUUUCUUACACGGAUGCCAACAAGAACAAAGGCAUCACCUGGGGAGAGGAGACACUGAUGGAGUAUUUGGAGAAUCCCAAGAAGUACAUCCCUGGAACAAAAAUGAUCUUUGCUGGCAUUAAGAAGUCUGGAGAAAGGGCAGACUUGAUAGCUUAUCUCAAAAAAGCUACCAAGGAGUAAUAGUUGGCCACUGCCUUAUUUAUUACAAAAUAGAAAUGUUUCAUGACUUUUUUUUUUUAUGUGUACCAUAUUUAAAUUGAUCUCAUAUACCAGAAUUCAGAUCAUGAAUGGCUGAUAGAACAUUUCUUUAGGGCAGUCCUGAUUUAAAUAAGAUUGGCUUGUGGUUAAAUGAAUACGGUCAGUUUUUUUAAUUCUGAAGGUACUUUUGGUUCCGUGAGUGCUAUCCUUGUUUUCCCCUUCUAAAGCUGUGAUAGGACAUAAUUAGUAAUGCUCAGUUUUUCACAGAAAUAGUGAAUGCCAUCUGAAAACCUGUAGGAGAUUGGUUUUACAUUUAGAUUUAUGUAACUGGUUAUAUUAAUAUGUUUAAAUGCUGAGGAUAUCCCUUAGCUGUCUCAUGGAACAGCAAGACUUGGUUGUGUUUCAGGUUGUGUUCUUUGGCCUGUUAAAAAGGAAAGGGCAGAAGAUAAGGUGGCAAUGUCUGCUUUAUCUUUUUGGUCCUAUCUAUGCCAAUUUAAUUAAAUUCCCUGUAUCUAAACUGUUGCCUUUUACUUAAAGGCAUUUUAGUGUGGUUUAUAUACAUUAUCAAAUAAAGAGUAUUUAACACUUCUCAUAUUUUAUAGAUGAUAUAUAAGGUCAGAUGUUUUUAAAAUUCAGAUGAUAGGAUAUAGUAGCAAACUUUGUGAAUUCUUUACUAAGUCAGACAGUUAUUCAGGACUAUCUUAACUGUUCAAAAACAACUGUAGAAUGCUGUAUACUUAUGGUUGGUAAUGGUGCUUUUGCUAUCCCACUGGAAGGAUUAAAGGAUAGAUUAUCAGCACAAAAUUGUAAAUUGCGUGAUUAUAAGGCUUAAGAUAAUUAAAAACAAAAUCACAUUAUGA